AGAGAGAGAGAGAGAGAGAGAGAGAGCGCGCACCGCAGUAAAAUAGUCGGAAUAUCCCCCUUGUGUGUCACAGAGUCGGAGCACAGCACACUCUCCUCUGCUCUCUUGUGGUUUCACCACUUUAAAAAAUUCCACCUGAAUCUGUGAGUUAAACCUCCUACUACUGCUCCUCCUCCUCCUCCUCCUCUUGUUUACGGCUGAGGAGCAUCCUCCACACUCAGCAGAAGGAUGAAGCCCGGUGGUUGGAGUUCGUGCAGGAGGCAGCAGCAGCAGCAGCAGCAAGUCGGCCAGGCUGCUCCGGAGCGCAGAGGGGGGUCCGGGUCCGGGUCCGGGACCGCGGACGGCGGCGACUCACGGCCGGUCCAUCCGCAACACAACACAGCCCGGAGCAAGCGACACCUGGAGGGGGUCCUGAAGAAGUACACCAACCUGCUCCAGGGCUGGCAGAGCAGGUAUUUUGUUCUGGACCCAGAAGCCGGUCAGCUUCAGUACUUUCUGAAUGAAGUCAGUAAAAAUCAGCGACCCCCCCGAGGGUUCCUGCCCCUCCUCGGAGCGAUGGUGAUCUCCAGUGACAAGUUUCAAUACAUGUUCACGAUCAAAUCUAGCGCCGGGGAUAUGUACAAACUGAGAGCUCUGGACGCUCAGCAGCAGGAGUUAUGGAUGACUCAGCUUCAACUGUGCUCCAGACGCCACUCUGACAGCAAGGCGAUGAGUCCAGAUGAAGGCCAGCAGAAGAACCUGGUGAACUCCGUAGAGUGUCUGGCCACUCGAAGAGGACCGCUCUCUGCUCUGGAUGAGGACCUGCUCCUCUUCAAGGCCACCUCUGCAGCCACUCUGAGCUGCUUGGGUGGGUGUCUCUCCAUGCUGCAGCACAACGUGGUCCAGGCUCUCAACCAGAACCAGAACCACAUCGGCAGUCCCAGCCUGAGCCACAGUUCAGCCGGUUUGAGCCCGUCGGCCCCCGCGGAGAGAGUCAGGCCCAGGAGUGUGCACACGGCAGAGCCCGGAGGUCUGAGGUCCAGCAGUCAGAGCCCGACACCCAGCUUCAGUGAGAGUCCGAAACACACCAGUACCACCAAUCACAUCCAGAACCAGAGCCCGCUACGAGCUCCUGCAGCUGAGCUGAGAGACGGGAGGACAGAUGCCUCUAUGGGAUGGUCCCGGUGUGCCUCUGAGAAGAAGGUGAAGAAUGGAGCUCUUCCGUCCUCCUCCACCUGUCAGUCUUCAUCGCAGACAGACAAAGACACAGUCUGUCCUCCUCAGGGACACCAUCAGAGUCAGAGCAGCUGUGCAGAGACCCCGGACCCGAGUGAGGAGACGACGGACACAGACGACAACGAGGAGGAGGAGCUGGGAGUCCAGGAGGAGCAGAGGAGCAUCAUCAUCCACCUCCUGUCUCAGCUCAAACUGGGCAUGGACCUCACGCGGGUGGUGCUCCCGACCUUCAUCCUGGAGAAGCGCUCCUUGCUGGAAAUGUACGCUAACUUCAUGGCUCACCCCGACAUGUUCCUGUCCAUCACGUCCGGCUGCACAGCGGAGGAGCGCAUCAUCCGCUUCGUGGAAUACUACCUGACCGCCUUCCACGAGGGCAGGAAAGGCGCCGUGGCCAAGAAGCCGUAUAACCCCAUGCUGGGGGAGAACUUCCACUGCUCCUGGUACGUUCCCCGGGUCCGGGUUAAACCCCUCAGGACCACCAACUGUUCUGGUCCAAACGCAGCACCCACAGCUAACUGCCCCACUCCCGGGUCCCCUCAGAGGGGGGCCGACAAAUCCUGCAGGAGGAACUCAGACUGCUACCAUGUCCGCUUUGUGGCGGAGCAGGUGUCCCACCAUCCCCCCGUGUCCGGGUUCUACUGUGAGUGUAAGGAGCGGAGGAUGUGCGUGAACACACACGUCUGGACCAAGAGCAAGUUCAUGGGCGUGUCUGUGGGCGUGUCCAUGGUAGGAGAAGGUGUUCUGUAUCUGCUGGAGCAUGAUGAAGAGUACGUGUUCACUCUGCCCUGUGCCUACGCCCGCUCCAUCCUCACAGUGCCGUGGGUGGAGCUCGGCGGGAAAGUCACCAUUAACUGUGCCAAGAGCGGUUACUCUGCCACCGUCACCUUCCACACCAAACCCUUCUAUGGAGGAAAAGUGCACAGAGUGACAGCGGAGGUCAAACAGAACCAAACAGGACACGUGGUGUGCAAGGCCCAGGGCGAGUGGAACGGCGUGCUGGAGUUCACGUACAGCAGCGGAGAGAACAAAGUGAUCGACACGUCCAGACUGCCAAUCAUCAAGAAGAAGAUGAGACCGCUAGAAAAGCAAGGCCAGUACGAGUCACGGCGUCUCUGGCAGCAUGUGACGUCGUCUCUGAAGACGGGAAACAUGGACGCAGCCACAGAACACAAACACUUCCUGGAGGAGAGACAGCGCAGUGAGAGCAAACAAAGAACCGCCAACAAGACCCCCUGGACCCCCAAAUUCUUUGUUAAAGAGGGUGAAGGCUGGGUGUACCACAACCCUCUGUGGAAAGCUCACUGACAGGAGAAGGAGGAGGGAGAUAUUCACACCUGGACGAGAAGCGAGGUGACCAGGAGGCCGGCCAAAGAAGACACGACGAGAGAGAGAGAGAGAGAGAGAGAGAGAGAGAGAGAGAGAGAGAGAGCGAGAGAAAUAAUAGAUAGGUAGAGCGAGAGCUGAGAGACUCCGUGCCAGAACAAGACGUGCCAAAGACAAGCAGCAAUAGACAAGUAGACAAUAGACGGACUCAGAGUGGUGUCCAAUCAGAGACAUUUGAUGUUCGUGUUGCUGAGACCGCUCUAACAGGAGGAACAGAACAUCAGAUCCAUACUCGCUCCUGUACACCGCUGCUGACCCGUCACUUCUCUGCACAGUGUGCUGAACUACAGCGAUUAGUCACAACAACUUUGCACAAUUCACUGUAUAAUAUUUACAGCACUGCAUAUUACAGUUUGAGUGAUGUGUGUGUGUGUGUGUGUGUGUGUGUGUGUGAGAGAGGAGUGAUAAACUAUUUAGCCAAAUGUAUCUCUAGCAAAUACCCCCGAAUCAAUCACUCUGUUUGUGCAGACAGUUAAUCCGUGAGACUCCAUAGAAGCUUAAUAUCUCACUCAAAUGUGUACUCUGCAGCAGUAAAGUCUGCAAAAUGUUUCACUCAUUCUCUCACCGCCCUUCAUGCAGAUUCUCUUUGUUUUCAGAAUUGCCUCUUUAAAAACUGUUUAUAUCGUCUAAAUUAUUUGAGCUGCUUACAACACGACAAUUGUAAUAGCAAAAAUAAAUCAGUUUCAUUAAUUUCCAUACUGAACAUGUAAUGGGUAUUUUAUCUUUCAAAUUAAUUGUCACUGUUGAGUUUAUCAAAAUGUCAUAUUUUUCACCCCUUUGAGCCAAAAAAAUAAAUUCACUUUGAGUCUGGA